GUAAAGCUGACUUAGGCAGUACUAUCUUGGGACAGUGCGUUUCACAAUAGCUUGAGCACACGGCUUGAACACGCUUGCGACUCGGGAGUCGGGGGGCAGGCAAAGGUUCAGGCAGGAUGGCAGAAGCGCCUAAAUUCAACUUGCGGAAUCCUGCUGUGAAGCGAAUUAUGCAGGAGAUAAAGGAGAUAAAGCAGGACACUUCUGGAGACUUCCUAGCGGAGGCGCUCGAGAGCGAUAUCUUCGAAUGGCACUUCGUCAUCCGGGGGCCCCGAGACACCGAGUUUGAGGGCGGCAUCUACCACGGCCGCAUUCUACUGCCCGCGGAGUAUCCGUUCAAGCCGCCCUCGUUCAUGAUGCUGACGCCCAACGGCCGCUUUGAGACCAACAUGAAAAUCUGCCUGUCCAUUUCAUCGCACCACCCGGAGCACUGGCAGCCGUCCUGGUCAGUGCGCACGGCGCUCAUGGCGCUCAUCGCCUUCAUGCCCUCGCCCGGCAACGGAGCGCUGGGCGCAAUCGACUUCACAAAGGACGAGCGGCGCAUCCUGGCCGCACGCAGCCGCACGGAGCUGCCACGCUUCGGCAGCGCGGAGCGGCAGCGCGUGAUCGACGACAUGCACGCGCGCAUGCUGACGGUGGAGGCGGAGAAGGAGGCGGAGCGGGCGGCGGCGCAGGCGGGCGGCAGCAACGCCGGGCCAUCUGGAUCAGGGGCGCAGCAGACGCCGCGGGCGUCCAUGGAGCAGCCGGGGGCGGCGGCAGCGGGGGAGCAGGGAGCAUCGAAGGCUGGUGACGAGCAGGCGGCGGGGUCAUCAACACCAGCCCCGGUGGUGACUGCCGCCGCGGCGACACGAACCAGCUCAGCGGGCGACGCCGCGGCGGCAGCCCACUCCGCCGCCAGCGCCCCCAGCCCAGCCUCCAAGCCGGCCACGUCAGCAGCCGCGCCCUCAGCGUCGGCAGUCUCACCCGCCGCCGCGCACCGACCAGCGCAAGCUGCCGCGCCCUACAACCCGGGCGUGGGGUACGGGGCCGCGGGGGCUCCGGACAUGGCCGCCGCCGCUGCCGCGGCAGCCGCCGCCACGGGCCAGGCCGCCGGCACCACGGGUGCGGACCACAUGCUGACAGCGCUCAUGUGGGCCCUGUACGUGGGCAUUGGCGCCAUCCUGCUGCGCAAGGUGAUGGGCGUCAUGGGCGUGGACCUGGCGGAGCUGAUGCGCCCCUACCAGUAGCGGGCCGCCUGGCGGUGGGCCGACUUGUGGACUGACUAGCUAUGGCCUUGGCUGUGGCCUUGACUGUGGCCUUGGCUGUGGCCUUGGCUGUGGCCUUGGCUGUGGCCUUGGCUGUGGCCUUGGCUGUGGUCUUGGCUGUGGUCUUGGCUGUGGACUGGGUUGUGGCCCGGGCUGUGGCGCCAUGCCUAGCGAGGCCUCUGCGUGCCACUGGGUUGCUGGCAGUUGGUCGUGGAGACAGGAGGACACCGGUCUCGUGGGCGGAGGAGCCGCUGGCUCUGGCUUUCAGUCUGGCAGCAUGAGGGGUAGGGGGCCGUACUGUGUGGCAUGGGCGAUGGCGGCAAUGGAAGCAGCGAGUGCUACAUGCACAGGAGGAGGGUCAGGGGCGCGGCCAUUUUUGUGGUGCAGGAGGGCCCCUGCACGCACGCCCGCAGCCCGCCGGUUGCCGUUGCGGCACGCACAGAAGUGGAGGAUGAGGGGGAUGAGCUGCAGCACUGGGUUUGGCAGUGUUGCAGAUGUAUGGUAAGGCGUGUACAACAUCUUCAUGUUAAAGAGCUGGCAGGGGUGCUAGUUGUUGGUCACAGGAUUUGGCAAUGCCGCUGCCUCCUGUGCCAGAAUGCGAGAAGCGCCUGCGCCGCUGUCAUGAUGGGGGGCGGUGCCGGGUCGGCACGUGGUGUGGCCGGCGUGAAUUUGUGUGUCGCACAUUCAGUGCACCGCUGCCUGGCACUGGCUGAGGGAGUGCCGAGCAGAGCAGCCGGAUGGUAGCCUGGGCGAGCAUGUGUCAGCAGCGGGCAUGUUCUUGCCUCCACACAAGUCGUGACCCAUAGAACAGACGGUAGGAGCAUGGGGCAGCAGAGGUGUGUGUGCAAAGUGGCGCCCGUAGAGCAGCGGCAGGGUGGAGGUGCGCGGACGCGGUUGAUGGGUCGGCAUUCAUCACAGUUAGACUGUCGGAUUGGUGUAGUUGGGCUGCGCAUUUCCAACUGGCACUGCGCUUGAUUCUGAGGCCUGAGGGCCUUGGCACACAAGAAUCAUCCCAUGGCAAUCGACGUGCAAACCUGCAAGUGUACCGUGAUCCAACACGGUGAACAUACUAUGUGCUUGCACUGCGCUAGGAGCGACUGGGCUACUGGGCUACUGGCGGGCCCCUCUGUCAACUGACCCUGACCCUGGGGGCGGCAGUUGGGCAGUUGGCCGGUUGACACGUGUGGGCCUGAUACCACGCCACCACCAGGCGCCAGGCUCGUGCUGAUUUUCUUUGGCCCUCUUUACAGGGCCGCCGCAAUAUAGGACAUCCAUGUCCCUAGCUCGGCAGGUGCCUAAUUCCCGGGCGGCCCAACUUCGGCCAGUCGGUUGACUGGCGCGCACAAGUUGGAUUUUGGCUGCCAGCCUUCAACAGGCAACAGGAUAGGUCGCACCAGCGCCACUGCGCGGAAUGAAGCUUCCGCGCAUAAACUUUCGCAGUCAGCGCCGUUACAGCGCCGCCGCAAUGUCCGAGGUGUAAGUAUUCUGGGGGAAGCCGAUCUCGAGCAUCUUCCCCAGGAACCAUACACGUCGGACAUGGGGACAUGGAUGCCUUCAGUUACGGGGCGGGUGUCGUGGUGACGGUAACGCUGCCGUGUUCACUGCCCUGUAUGAGCGAUGGCGGUGCUAGAGCCUUGUCCUUGACCGAUGUCCUUGGCGCUACUGGCGCCUUGGGGACUGACCUGAGGACCGAGAUGAGGGCCGAGAUUGGCGGGCUGAGGACCGAGCUGAGGACCGAGUUUGGCGCCUUGAGGACUGACAUUGCCACUCUACAGACAAAUUGGGGAGUCCUGCUCGAGUUUGCGAGCAGCGACGUCAUCAGUUCGCAGUUCGGCGCCAGCUUGGGCGCUUCCUGCACGCGGAGGACGUGGCGUGCGUGGUGUUGUCCAAGUUGGCGCCGAACUGCGAACUGAU